AUUUCCUGGCCUGACAAUCUCUAGAACCUCUACAUCCUUCAACUGAAGCCUCACAAUCGACCGCCGCCGACGUCCACCACCGACUCUUAGCCGUGCUACAGACGCUCAAUUGCGCUCAUCUAUCAAAAUGGCCCUCGCCAACACACUCUACAGGAGCCUCUUCUCCACCAACUACCUGAUGCUCGCUACCGUUUUCACUGCUGGCUUUGCCUGGGAGAUUGGCUUCAACAACGUUAUGGAUAAAGUUUGGGACAACAAUAACCGAGGCCGACAAUGGAAGGAUAUCCGACAUAAGUUCCUCGAGGGCGGCGAUGAGGAUGAGGAAUAAAGAGGUUGACAAGGACAUGGACCUGAUCAUGGAGCAACGGACCGAGCGAGGCGAGGCAUUGAUUCUGGUGCCACUUGCCCCUGUAUGAAUUAGAAGAGGAUUAGAGGCUUGAUUACACACACGACAUCUCGUUACCUAUGUUGAUGCAUUGUUUCCAUUUAUUGAUUGCUAGAACCGGUAAUAGCCAUAACCACCGGUAACCGUUUGUAUGUUAACAUAUAUAACAUGAAAAAGCCAACGCACGUGUAUGAUCAGACUUUUACUGCU